AUGGCUCCUUUUCGCGGUUUCGAGCCCAAACCGAAUGCCCGAAAGUGCCACCCCUCGGAGGACAAUCAGGACAUUUGUGUUAACUGCCACUCCGCUGCGGAAAACUUCACGAAGGCAAGCAUCAGAGCGGGUCGCUGUCCAAAAUGCGAUGGGGUCGUCGUCGAGGAUUGUCCGUGUGAUGAAAGGGAUCCGUACUGCAUGGACUGCGCUCGUCCCGAAUGGCAAGAUCAUUACGACUGCAAUCAAUGCAUGAGGCCUGAAAACCGCGCUCGGCCCGUCUGCCAAAUAUUUUGCGUGAUCGGCGAUGUGGUCCACAUCGACGGCAUAUCAAAGGAUCCACGCUGCCGAUGGCAUCAUCUCUGGACCACCUUCAUGCACCGCUAUGAUGAUGUCCACUCAGCAAUCCUUUAUAACUUCCCAGGACCGCGCUAUGCAGAUCCGCGCGUUAACCCUGAUGCCGAUGCUGUUGGAGCGCCGAUCAAGCGUAUCCGGCUUCGUCAGCGCACCAAGCGAGACGAAGAUGCGAACGUGUUCAUCUACUACCCGAUCAACCCCGCCUACAACCCCAAGUGCAGCCGGGAAGACUUUGACAAAUUGACUGCGCAAGAACUGGCCUUGGCGUCGAUGAAGCUCCGUUUUGGGUGUUACGAAGGGACAUGGUGCGACGAGCAGAAUGCUUUUCCUAGUGAAAUCCUGGCCAACGACUCGUUGGCCCGCAUCUGCUACCCGCGCCCGCUGAAGACCUACAUUCUUGGCCAGGGCAGGUACAAGCCGUGGUGCACCGAACCUCACGCCAAUCCGUUUGAGCCGAAGAAUGUGGCGAGCUGGGGAUGUAUGAUACUGCCGUUCUGCAAGCUGGACCAGCCGGGAGAAUUUGAUGAACAAAAAUACCUGCGACCGGUCAGCGACAACGGAGACCUGCUGAACUGCAUGGAUAUUUGUCCAAGAAACGAAAAUGGCCGUGGAUUGACGGAGAAACCGGAUUGUCGACCCAUCCCCAGCAAUCCGGAAAAAGACUAUUUCGGUGUCCUCAGCAUUACGGAGAAGCUGGAUUGGUGCGACGUGGAGAAGUCGCGUCGCCGAGACCCGUGGUCCCUCAACCCGCCGUGCAAUCCGAUCCCGCAGUGUCGAGGAAAUGUCGAAGGGCGUGCUCCGGAUACCAGGGAUUGGCGCAAGAAUCUGCUCUACUACAAGAAUGAUGUUGCCGGUAUCCCAUGCGUCGUCUACAAGCAGUGCAGUGCUUUGACGGACGAGGAGCGGAAGGAGUUCCACUGCACGGACUGGGGGGAUGAGGUCAUCUUGAUUGCAGCCCUGGGUGGCGGUCUCUUGGUGUUCAUCAUCGUGAUCAUCAUCGUGCUGUGCUUCUGUCUAAAGAAGAAAGACAAUGGCCCGAAGGGAAGCAAGCCGAUUGUCGAUGACAUGAUGAACGUCGGCGUUGGCACGGCGGUCGUCGACCUCGAUGUUCACUGCAAGCACUGGCGGAAGGUAAGCAUCCGACUACUCGUCUCCAACUACUCGAUCCAACGAUGGGCAUCG